AUGAACCCGCCUGCUUCAUCUGCCCAAGUAAACCGACCAUCAUCCUCAUCGAAUUCAAACGAAUCCAACUCGCCCUCCAUCAGCCCUGCCCUACUCACCCGUCGCCGUUUCUUACCAUUGGAUCCUCCUACUCCCACGAGUACGGCAACCAGAAACAGAACCAGCUCGAGGAACGACACUCACAGAACAGAAUAUCAGGAUUCUACUAAUGCUCUAGACACCCGUCGAAGAGAAUCAGAGCCUCAACGAAACUUGAUGGAUAUUCACCGAGAUACCCUAAGAGCAGCCGAGAGGACCAUCAGCUUAUUGAGAGAACAAAUUCGGCUGCAUGAUGAACGUGCCCGCUUGUCUAUCGCCUCCUUAGUCCCACCACCAGCACCAGUCGGGACCCCAGCGCGGACGCCGACCCAACGAGCGGCGCUUGAACGAUCACUCUCCAGCCGGAUCGCCAUCCUCCAAGCGGACAUUGAACGGCAACAGCUGCGGGCUAAUGCAGUCGGGCUGAUCCGAAGACCGGAGACGGAAGCCCUGCUCGAAGAACGCAACAUGCUCAUCGCACAUCAUGCCUCACCACGAAUCCCCCCUCGAGCUGUUUCGAACGCAUGCCCCACCAUCCCCUCCACGACCAGCAUUGCAACGCCCAACAGGAUUUACUCGGGCCGCUCGUCGUCGGAUCGCUGGCUCACUGGUGGCCAGAGGGACAACAUCUCCUUCGGCUCAUCCUCAGCCCGGCCUUGCUCGUCCGAGUUACAGCGGGACCAUUACCAUUCUGAACGCUUCCUAUCAGGACCUUCUUCCUCGUCAGCUCAAGAGGCAUUAGAGCGAGAAUGGGAACGCCAACUGGCAGACGGUGAGGUCGACUCAAACGGAGUUCCUAUCCUCCCUGACCGCAUGAAACAGAUGCCGAUCGAAUGCCCCAAUACUUCACGAACCUCGCAUCACUCGUUCCCAGGAUCGGCUACCACUCAUCUCGGCAGACGCAAUGUCGACGGCCUCGGCCUUCAACUGGCUCUCGUCGCCUCGAGGGUACAUAGCGGCUACACGCUGGACUACUUUGACAUAGCCACUUCGACAUAG